AUUCCGCCAUCAUGCGGGCCGAACAAGCGCUACUUAGCUGCUUAGCCUACGGUACUCCGGUGAACACAGGCGAGACAGCGCACCAUGUAAAUCUCUCAACAAAGCGAUCAGAAAGAAGAAAGGCUAUCCGCAAACUUACGCUGGAUAAGCGGCAAGCUGCGGCCCAUGGACUUCUUUGUGACACUCACGCAACUGACUACCAAAUCCUGCUCACGUUUCUUGGACGCAGUGAUCGGAGUGGAACAAGACCGCGCAGAGUACGACCCCGUCAUGAUUCUUCGCUUCCAUCCUAAUUGGGACGCAGGCAUAUGGUCGAGGGCUCCUCGUCGAAGCUUACGAGUCGCUACUCAAAAGUCCACCGUGCUAUUGGCUGUUUGCCGUUUCAUGUAACGAAGAAAAGAAAAGGACAAUGCCUGAUCUUGAGGAAGCGUGUACACGCUCGCAUCCGAUGCUCACUUUCCGUCUUCACGAUAUCACUCUUUGUGAAACAUUGGCUACUGUGUCUCAGAUCACUGCUGAUCCAUGGAGAAAACCUUGCUUGCUCAAAGUUAAGCUCAUUGACAUGUAUCACUCGGGCAACGCCUGCAUUCUUGUGGAUCCAGUUCUGCACAACACGAGCUAACACCGACAACCAGGUCUUGAAGCAGUUGUCGUACAUGUUGGGCGCGCAGGGUUAUGCAGAUUUUGACGAUCAACGUUCAUCACUGUCAGCAUCACACUUUCGUCGAUGCUGGCUCUCACCACUGUGCUCGACCUCCAGCGUUGGUGUCGUUUAGGCUGUAAAAAGCGACCAACCUGCACGGCCCUACCCACUCGGCGCAUAAGAACGCUUUGCGGAUAACAAGCUCUGGCGUGAGCAUCUUGUGCGAUCCCCUCAGACGAGAGCUGCGGAAUCGGCAGAUGUUGUGCG